AUGGAGACAGACGGAGUGGAGACAGACGGAGUGGGGACAGAAGGAGUGAAGACAGAAGGAGUGAAGACAGACGGAGUGGAGACAGACAGAGUGGAGACAGACGGAGUGGAGACAGACGGAGUGGAGACAGACGGAAUGGAGACAGACGGAGUGGAGACAGACGGAGUGGAGACAGACGGAAUGGAGACAGACGGAGUGGAGACAGACGGAGUGGAGACAGAAGGAGUGGAGACAGACGGAGUGGGGACAGACGGAGUGGGGACAGGAAUAGACAGAUACGGAGUGGGGACAGGGAUAGACAGAUACGGAGUGGAGACAGGGAUAGACAGAUACGGAGUGGAGACAGGAAUAGACAGAUACGGAGUGGAGACAGGAAUAGACAGAUACGGAGUGGAGACAGGAAUAGACAGAUACGGAGUGGAGACAAAUGGGGUUGAGACCGUAUCGGAUAUAGGCGCUAACAUUAAACUGCUGACCGUUACCCGGUACCAGUCAGAGACAAGUCCAGCUGUACACAGAAGGGGGGAAUGUGACCGUUACCCGGUACCAGUCAGGGACAAGUCCAGCUGUGCACAGUAG